CUCCCUCAUACAGGUAGACUAUCCCAGUCCGUGUGAUAACAGAUGCAGUUUAAAAACCGAUUGCGUAAUUGGUAGGCUACUGUUCCAACAACUUGAUGUUUACAAUGGAUCCAUGCAGCCCAUGUAACUUUCUAGAACACUGUUUUCAACAGAAUAUGCAAAUGUGGUGGUAUUGACUCUUUUAAAAAUCCUUGUUAUGAAAAAUCGCUAGAUUGCGUUCUCUGAACAAAUCAAGAAUGCCGUUCUGAAAAGACAACGCCUCACAACGAGAUCAGUUACUGUACGAUGUAGGCUUAUGUGGGAGGAACUGGAUGCUGAUAAGGGGGUUGGCGAGAAACCACGAUACAUUGCAAGUCUUUUCUCUCUGCGUCUCUCUCUCUCUCUCUCUCGUUCUCUCACUCUCUUUAUUUCUCCCUCUCUCUCUCCUCGCACUGCGCGAGCCCCGCAAAUCCGUCGAAAUCGGAAAAUAUUCCAACAGUAGACAGGGAAGGUAGAAGGAGCUGGUUUUGAAACUCCGUCUUGUACUCCGCACGGCGCGUUCAAAUCUGUGCUGGGCUCCAAGUGGCUUGUGGCUGCGCUGCACAUCAGCAGUUCGUUGAGGAAUAACGAUGAAAAAGCGAGGAGGGAUGGCUUUUUGACUGGACAACUUAAGAUUCUGUAAUGACACCGUUUAUCUGAUUUUUUUUUUCUUGUUUCAAACUGGCGGCGUGAAAGCGCGUGUGUGUCAAUGGAAACCCCGGGGUCUUUCGCCUUUUCGACUUUGCAAGGGAUAGCUUUCCGAUAUCCUCGUGUUUAACAGACCUAAUCGUCUGGUGACAUAACUGCUUCUACUCGCUUACUUCUGCUACACUAACGAUAAUUUCAACGACGACAGCACCGAGUGCGGACCAUCAAGAAAUUCGUAUAAACGACUUGGGAAGAGGCGGAACUAGCAUCUCGUUAGCACCAUGGGACGGGCGCGGAUUUCCCCAUUCUUGUCCGUGGGUCUUCGGCUGGGCAUCGUGCUGGCGGUGUUCCUCUGCGGAGCGGAGAGCGCGGCGGCGGAGAGCGUGGAGCAGAGCCCGGCGCCGGAACCGGCCGCCAAGUCCUCCAACCACUCCUGCGAGGGGAGCUACGAAUGCAAGGUGGGCGUGAUCCUGCCGGUGUGGAAGCCCCAGGACCCUUCCUUCGGGGACAAGGUGGCGCGGGCCACCGUCUACUUCGUGGCGCUGUUUUACAUGUUCCUGGGCGUCUCCAUCGUCGCCGACCGCUUCAUGGCCUCCAUCGAGGUCAUCACCUCGCAGGAGAAGGAGAUCACCAUCAAGAAGCCCAACGGCGAGACCACCACCACCACGGUGCGGAUAUGGAACGAGACCGUGUCCAACCUGACCCUGAUGGCCCUGGGCUCGUCCGCCCCCGAGAUCCUGCUCUCCGUGGUGGAGGUUUGCGGCCACCAGUUCCACGCCGGCGACCUGGGACCCAACACCAUCGUCGGGAGCGCCGCGUUCAACAUGUUCGUCAUCAUCGGGCUCUGCGUCUACGUGGUGCCCGACGGGGAGCACCGGAAGGUCAAGCACCUACGGGUCUUCUUCGUGACCGCCACCUGGAGCAUAUUCGCCUACACCUGGCUCUACCUGAUCCUGGCCGUCAUCACCCCGGGGGUCGUCCAGGUGUGGGAGGGGCUGCUCACUUUGUUUUUCUUUCCCCUCUGCGUGGUGUUCGCCUGGGUCGCUGACCGCCGGCUUCUGUUCUACAAGUACGUCUACAAGCGCUACAGGACCGGCAAGCAGCGGGGGAUGAUCAUCGAGAUGGAGGGCGACAGGCCACUCCCGCCCAAGGUGGACAUCGAGAUGGACGGCAAGAUGCUCAACUCCCACGCUGUGGACUUCCUGGAUGGAACCCUGGAGCUGGAGGACAAAGACCUGGACGAGGACGAGGCCAGACGAGAAAUGGCGAAGAUCCUGAAGGAGCUGAAGCAGAAGCAUCCGGACAAGGAGGUGGAGCAGCUGAUCGAGCUGGCCAACUACCAGGUGCUGAGCCAGCAGCAGAAGAGCCGCGCCUUCUACCGCUGCCAGGCCACCAGGCUGAUGACGGGGGCGGGGAACAUCCUGAAGAAGCACGCGGCCGACCAGGCCAGGAAGGCCGUCAGCAUGCACGAGGUGCGGACCGAGGUGGCCGAGAACGACCCCGUGUCCAAGGUCUUCUUCGAACCCGGCUCGUACCAGUGCCUGGAGAACUGCGGCACGGUGGCGGUGAACGUGGUCCGGCGCGGCGGCGACCUGACCAACACGGUCUCCGUGGAGUUCCGCACCGAGGACGGCACGGCCAACGCCGGGUCCGACUACGAGUUCACCGAGGGCAUGGUGAUCUUCAAGCCCGGCGAGACGCAGAAGGAGAUUCGGGUGGGCAUCAUCGACGACGACAUCUUCGAGGAGGACGAGAACUUCCUCAUCCACCUGAGCAACGUCAAGGUGAUAUCGCACGGCGCGGGGGAGGAGAACUCGGAGGCCAAUCACGUGGAGAGCCUGGCCUGCCUGGGCCUGCCCUCGACCGCCACGGUCACCAUCUUUGACGACGACCACGCCGGCAUUUUUACGUUCGAGGAGACGGUGACGCACGUGAGCGAGAGCAUCGGCAUUAUGGAGGUGAAGGUCCUCCGCACCUCGGGGGCGCGCGGGGUGGUGGUCGUCCCAUACAAGACCGUCGAAGGCACAGCGAAAGGGGGAGGGGAGGACUUCGAAGACACCCACGGAGUGCUGGAAUUCCAGAACGACGAAAUUUUCAAAAUUAUAAAGAUCAAAGUAAUUGAUGACGAGGAGUACGAGAAAAACAAAAACUUCUUCCUCGAGAUCGGGGAGCCCCGUCUGGUGGAGAUGAGUGAGAAGAAAGCUGUAUUGCUGCAUGAAUGUGGUGGAUUCGUACAAACAGGGAAACACCUUUAUGGCCGGGACGUCUACAGGAAGGUGCUGGAGAAAGACAUUCCCAUCCCCAGCACUGUAGUCCGCAUUGCAGAGGAAGAGGAGGAGCCCCUCUCCGGGAGGAACGAGGAAGAGCGGCGCAUCGCCGAGAUGGGUCGGCCCAUGCUGGGGGAGCACGCCAAACUGGAAGUGGUCAUCGAGGAGUCCUACGAGUUUAAGAACACAGUGGAUAAGCUCAUUAAGAAGACAAACCUGGCCCUGCUGGUGGGAACUAACAGCUGGAGGGACCAGUUUAUCGAAGCCAUUACUGUCAGUGCGGGGGAGGACGACGACGACGACGACUGCGGCGAGGAGAAGCUGCCGUCGUGCUUCGACUACGUCAUGCACUUCCUGACGGUGUUCUGGAAGGUGCUGUUCGCCUUCGUGCCGCCCACCGACUACUGGAACGGCUGGGCCUGCUUCGUGGUGUCCAUCAGCAUGAUCGGCCUGCUCACCGCCUUCAUCGGAGACCUGGCGUCCCACUUCGGCUGCACCAUCGGCCUGAAGGACUCCGUCACCGCCGUGGUGUUCGUGGCCCUCGGGACCUCCGUGCCGGACACAUUCGCCAGCAAGGUGGCGGCCAUCCAGGACCAGUACGCCGACGCCUCCAUCGGCAACGUGACGGGCAGCAACGCGGUCAACGUGUUCCUGGGCAUCGGCGUGGCCUGGUCCAUCGCCGCCAUCUACCACCAGUACCACGGCAGGCAGUUCCGGGUGGACCCCGGCACACUGGCCUUCUCCGUCACCCUCUUCACCAUCUUCGCCUUCAUCUGCGUCGGGGUGCUCAUGUACCGCCGGCGCCCCGAAAUCGGCGGGGAGCUGGGGGGGCCUCGGACUCCCAAGAUCCUGACCACCGCGCUCUUCGUCAGCCUGUGGCUGAUGUACAUUCUCUUCUCCUCCCUGGAGGCUUACUGCCACAUCAAGGGCUUCUGAGCGAACAGCCGGGAGGCGUCAGAAAAACGAGGAGGCGGACGACGAACACCAGGGGGCGCCCAAAACGAGAUGAUGAUGAUGACGACAAAAAAAUAAUAAUUGCGGUGAUGUUGAAAACAAAUAAUGCGUAAAUGAUAAUAGUAAUAAUAUUAAUAACGGUAAAUCUGAGAGAAAAAAAGGAAGGGAAAAGGGAAGCCUCAGCAAUUAAAUGUUUUGAAGUCACGUUUUGUAGAUUUAAAUUUCUUCCCAUCAAUCCCUGCUCAACAUCAAGCCAACCCCAUCCCCCUCCCAUCCCUGUGUCCCAUCUUGUUUCUUUUUUUGUUUGUUUGUUUUUUUAAAGAAUGGAUGGAAUAUUGGAGUUAAGAGGAAGCACUCUGCCAACUGUGUUCAGAGUGAAGCAUUAUGGGUGGCAUAUCAAAUGGACAUUUACAAGCAGUGUGCAGUAAUGUCUGGGAUUCUCUGAAGCCUCAAAAUAGCGUUUUAUAUUUUCCAAUUUUUAUUUUUGAGUUGCUAAGUUGCUGUUUGUUCACGAAAGACUUAACCACUGGACUGAUCUCCUACCCGUGUAGAUAUAUGAUUUUUUUUUUUUUUAAAGAAAAUGAUAUUUAUGCCACAUCAGUUCUUUGAUUCCACUACUGCAAUUAUACGCAGUGGAACGAUCAACAGAUGUUAAGUUCUAUAUCAACGAGUGAUGUGGCACAGCAAGUUUUGGGCUAUGGGGUGGUUGCGCUUUCAAUGGACGAAAAUGUGUACAGUUGAAAUUGCUGCUAAUAUCCUGUUAGACCUGUAAUUUCAUAAGGUUUCUUCGUAACUAAAUGGUGUUACAUUAGAUGUGCUGAUGUCAGAUCAGAAAUGUUCACACAAAGCUUCUUGGCCUGUUGGUGCAACUAAAAAUGGGUGUUUUAGUAAGAGAGUCCCAUGUGCAGUGAAAGGAAUAUGAGAAGCUCUCAAAUUAAAGCUGUAUGUUGAAUUUAAUUGUUUUUUAUAACAAAGAAGUCAGAAGUUCUUUGAAAUUGGACACAUGAGUUGUCUUGUAUUGGAUGGUUGCUACGUAUGGAAUAUUACUGUAUUACAUUUUUAUUAUUUUAUUUUUUGGUUGUGAAGGAUAUGAAAUAUUAUAAAGCCACAGGACAGGUGUAUGUUUUUUUUGACCCAUGUAUGAGAUGGAGGCCAUGUAUUUGUUUUUUUCUGUGGAGAAUUGGGGAAAAAUGCCCAAAGAUAGCUAAAUGGAACUGGGAUUUUAAUAUGCCCAUUGUUGCUUUUUAAUUAAAUGUGUGAAACUAUAAGCAAACAAUUUGCUGAAUGUAAAGGCUUUGCUAAAAUUGUAUGUAGGUGAAAAAAUGCACAAAAUUCUCCAGGUUUCUCUCUCUUAGUCUUUCUCUCUCUCUCCCCCUCCCACUCUAUAUCCCUCUCCCCCUUUCUCUCACUCUCUCUAUCGCUCUUUCUCUUUAUCUUGUCUCAUCUUGCCACUCCCCUUUGCCCUGCCAUAGAGAGGAUUGGUAAAGAAAUCACAUGGUUGGAUGCACUACCAUUCUAAACCAGAGGGGGUGCCAGAGGUGCCAGAGCUUGAUUGAAACCUGCCUUGAGAGACACUUCAUUUUCUUGGCCCAUUUAAACAUUACCAACCCUGAAGCCCCUUUAUUGGCCUUAGUUAGGCACUCUCAAACCUUUGUGCACAGAUUGGUGUUUCAGUGUAUUUGCGGUGACCUAUAUUUAGAUGUUGUACUGUUUUGUUUACCACAACAUAAACUGCCAUUUAUAAGCUGAAAAGCACCAUGGUUUAUUUUAAACCACUCUUGUGUAUCGUAGUGGAGUAGAUAUAAGAUAUUGGGGCCAGUUUGCCACAGGUUAGGUCCAUUGCCUGGGUUGGUACGGCAAACUUGAUUGGUCAAAAGCUCUUUUUGAUUACCGACCAGGUACACUUUAGUGAUUUUUUAAAACCAAUUUAGUUCUAGGAAUAAAUGCAAUCCUACAUUUGUAAAACGGUGAAACAGAUUCUUAGAGUGGCUGUUUCCGCUGGUAACCCAGUUUUGGAAUCCAGUGAUAUUUUUUUCUUCUUGUCACUCUAGAAUUUUAGUCUGACUUUCUGGGGAUAGUUAUUAAGUAGUGUAAAAAUAAUGGCCUAAAUAUUUCACCUUUUGUGCAAUUUGCUACAUUUUGCUUAAGGUCAUAUUUGUAAGAGAAUACCUAGUGAUGCUGGGUCAGCUAGGCUUUUCCCCCUUUUUUAAGUUUUUACUUUAAAAAUUUUUUUGUUUUUACUCUUCAAAGUUUUUAUUAAUACCAAAAUGAUUAAUCUGUCUGCUGUAUGGAUCCUUGAUGCGCUUUUUUUCCCUGAAUGGAAGCUUUCGUCAAGUAUUUAUAUGAAAUCUGUGAUCUUUUCCUGAAACUUUAAAACUUUUCUUCCUCUUUAAAAAACAUUUUAGAGUAUGAAAAGCUAUGAUCGGGAAUUUUAAGGGCCAGUGAGGCUGUUGCAGGGGUGUGUAGUUGUAAACUGCUGAAUUUAAUUAUUUUAUUUGGUUUUUCUCUCGUUAUGGGAGCGCAAGGCCUCUCUCUGAAGGCCAAGCCGAGCGCUCUGAAAAAUACGUUGAAGCAACGUUGGACGCAGACGUUGUUCUUGAGAAUCGCUUCUUGAGGAAACUCAAUCGCUGGUUAUCGCUCGUUCCUACGAAAGAAAAGACUCAUCUCGGGCGAUCAGCGAUCUUCUUUGACUGUUAACAAUUUUGACAAUGAAAGACAAGAAGGGUCAAAGACUUCUACGCCUCUACCCUUGUUCCUAUUUAACGAAGACGCUGAAAAGAGAAAAAAAAAAUUUUGAAAAAAAAAAAAAUACUCAAAAGGUAUGAAGUACAGCCAUAUAUUCUGUGUCCUGUCGCAGUGAUGGUGUUACGAGGACUUGUGUCUACUCAGCCUUGUGUUGCCGUGGUGUUCCUGCACGUCAUUGGUGCAGCGUUUCUCCGUAUCCCUCCCUAGCCCCGCCCACUAUGUCCAUAUUUGAGAAUGUUACCGUAGUACUUGUAGACAAUGUGCAUGGAUGAAAACAUCUGUAAAUAGUAAGUAUCCCAUUCGUAAAAGGGAGGUUUUGAAGUUUGAAUGUUGUGUUGAUGUGGAUUUUAAGUCUAUUUUAACUUUUUUUUGUUGCACCUGUGUUUAUUUGAAAGAGGUUAAAUCCUCUUUUUUUUACUUGCACAUUUUGAUGCUUUUAAAAAAAAAAAGGCAAUAUCUGAUGCUCUUGUGAAAAGAGGGUAAAUUAGCAGGAAGGAUGUACUUACGGGAAUCGGGGGUGCAUGGUCACUUGUACAAUAAAAAUAAUAAAAACAUAUUGUGCUUGAAGGAGUUAGUUGUACUUGACGGUAUAAGAGAAUUAUGUAAAUCAAAUGAUAUUUUGUAGCUGAAGAGUUAGUCUGUAAAUAGUGUACAGUGCUGCCUGACUGCGGCUGCUCAGCGGUUGGUGUUAUUAAUGAAGAGAUAUUUAUUAUCAAACCCUCUUUUGUGAUCCAAGAUGAACAAAUAUUGCCUUUUUUGUGGGAGUUAUGACAUUUUAUUUUAUUUUGAAUCUCCUUAGUACUUUGCGCUGAGCGGUGCCUGUUUCAUAUAUUUGGGUGUUUCUUUUUCUCUCCGUAAUGGGAUGGGGGUGGGGGGGGGGGUACUUUUUGAAAUACAAUAAAAACUAUAUGCCUGGAGACAUCCAGAAAAAAGGAAUAUGAACAGUAACAGGGCCUACUUUAGUUCUGAUAUUAUUUCAGCACCCGACACUACUGGUACGCAAAGCCUGAGACCUUAAUAAUAUGGACAGGCAGUUGUUGAAGCCAGCUUUUUUUUUUUUUUUUUGUAACACAAUAUUAUCUUUAGCCUUUUUCAUAGCUGAUUGAAGCCACACGAGUGUUAACUCCUUAUAAUAUUGUGCCGUUGGCAAUUAUGACCUUCCCAACAUGGCGGGUCUCUGACGCUGGUCCCAAUGUACCUGCAGUCCCUGUUUCUGAAAGACCGGCUAAACACACAGACAUGUGUCUCAGUGCUCAGAUGGGCUUUUGUUUGUCCGGGUAACAAUGUUUCUGUCUUUAGUUACUUUGCAGGGUUUGGUUGGGAUUUUUUUUUAUUUUUUUUUUUAAAUAUCAUAAGUUUUCUUAUUUUGUCUUUUUCUUUGUGUUGCACAUGAAAUAUGAAGGAAGUACACAAACUGUGAUCGUUAUACGUGGUACACUUCAUGAAAAAUAAAGUUUGGGAUACCCUGUUUCAAAGAG